UAGUCCCCUGCGAGCGCCACUUUUUUUGAGUAAAACCUGUUUGUCAAAAGAGUGUGGCUUUUCUAAAACUCCCCGGGAAAAGUUAAUUGUCCUGAUACCCUAUAUUAGUCCCUGACUAGGUCUUACCUAUUCAAUGUCUGUAGCAAUGGCGGAAUACCAUAUCAGUAACAUGGAUAAAUAUUAUUGCUUAAACGCCGCUUCUAAAUAUAAAUAUUUUACCGUUGACGAAAAACGCUUUCUUCUUGCAUACAGUGCUAAAGCAAUUAACAUUACAGAUACUACUCUUAAUGGCAUAUUGCAUCAUUUUUAUUCUAAUUUAGUACUUGAGAAAGUCGAGACUAUUGAUACUGUCCUUAAAGUGAUCAAGGAACUUAAAUUGGAUCUCUGGUCUAUGUUCAAGAAAGAACUUGAAGGAAAACAUGUCGAUUUAUCACACUGUUGUCUCUUAAGAAAUCCCGAUGCAUUUAUCAGAAUAACAGAAGCAGGAGCCUCUAACGGAUCAACAAACGCAAUACGCAUAUAUCAGUUGUCCCUUUUAGAAAUUCUUUUCAGAAAUCCCGAAGCAUUCAUCAGAGGCUAUAACGGACCACUUUUGGGAUACCCAUCUGAGCUGUCCUUCUUUCCAUUGUUUCUUAAUUUUCUAAACUACAAUACGUGGAUAGAAAAUUGGGAUGAUAUUUCCAGAAAUCCUCUCAAAUUCCGUGCGCUUCAGUUUCUGAAUCUUCAUAUGCGGUUCACUUACAUCACCCGUAAAUCUGCAGAGACCGAAAUGGCCGUGCGAGUACUCUGGAGCUCCAUCCCAGAUCCGCUUUUGACCUUCACUGAUAUUUUUAGGCUUUUUGAAGGGGUCGAUCCUAUGUAUUAUCAGGAGAUAAACAACAUAUGGCAAUGGUACUGCAAUCUAGUGAAUUAUGAAGAAUCUUCUGUCAGGCGUCCACGAUCUCUGAAGCACCUUUCAAGAUGCUUCAUCAGAAACCAAUUAGGAGACAACUUUAAGUUGCCCGAAGGAGUGGAGGAACUGGGCAUUCCCAAACCUGUCCAGAAGUAUUUACUUCUGAGAGAUUUCCACAAGAUAGAAUGAAUACUUUAUCUUGAAAUCAAUUUUUUCAAAGUAUUUCACGAAAUAAAUAAAAGACUUGAUUAUUUUAAUUAUGAUUUCGAAAUGUUAAUGUUUCUUAUAAACUUCUUUACGAUAUUAUUUUAAAUGUUGCAUGCUUCACUGUUGAAAUAUUUCUCCCGCAUAUAAAUAAACAAUGUAAUCUAUGUGUAAUUAUACUUUGUUUGUAUCCUUCAA